GCCGUGACCAUCGUGCCUUCGGGGACUCCGGGCGGAGAGCGUGGUGUGAGCAGGGCACGGUGUCCUCAGAAGGGGGCGCGAAGGAGCGGGGCCUCGAGAGCAGGAGAUGCAGCAGCCAUUCGCCUUCGGCUUCCUGUGCUGUGCACGGCGCGCAUUCGGCGCGACGUCCCGUGGGGAAACCUCCCCGCCGUCACGUGCGGCCGCCAGCAAGCUCCAGUCGGGAUCCAGCGCUGCGCACGUGAGCCCUGACAUGCUCCGCCGCUGCAGGGAGGAGCAGCGAGCGCCGGAACCCGUGGUCUAUUCCGAAGCAAGGUGGAGUAAGCCCCCCGCCCUCCUCCGCGGGGUUUCCACCUGUGCCGAAGGCCCGUGCGUGGCGAGGGAGAGCUGGCUGCCCGAGAGGUCUUCCUUUUGGCGAAGGGGCGACGGAAUAAAGGUUUGACUUGGCUCCUCUGCUCCGCUUCGGGACGCGUGUAGCGGGGAGUUUUAAAAAAAAUACAGAAUAAAAUAAGAUCCGUUUCUCUCUCGUUUGUUCUUUGCAUUCUCUGUUGACGCUGCUUGGCAUUCCAUAUAAGUUUCCGCAUGUAUUUGCAUUCGCCUGUGUAUAAGGCAGGAAAGGAGAAAAACUUGUUAUUCCCUUGAUCUGAUGCCUGAGCAAUU